CGGGCUGAUGAUUUCUCAACCAUUGGGCAAACGUUCAUAGGUGUCACUGAAAGAGAAUUGCCAUACGAGGCCAGUUCUUCUUUUUCGUUUUUUGACUAGUAAAGCUAGGAUGAGCAGUGAGUUCCUUUCCUGUCCCUUGUCCCUUGUCAGGGAGAGCAUCGUGUGAACACAAGUCGCCAACCAAGGUCUCCACUAGCGUCGUGUAGUGCAUGACGUGGUGGCAAUCCAAUAAUCCAUCACGGCAUAAAACCCUCCCAGCUCGUAUCAUCCUCACACCACCAUUCCACGGACCAAAUCACAAGUUCUCAGACCAGCACUGUUCAUCUCUAGCAGUAACCAGAGCAAGAAUGGCAACGGAGGCAAGGUCAACCACGGCCAUGGCAUGGCCAUCGCUGCUGCUAAUAAUCCUCUCAGCGCUAGCCACGGUAAUAACGCACGUCGAUGGCGCAACCGGCGGCGUGGCUGCGCCGGCGCCGGCCGUGGACUGCACGGACGCGCUGCUGAGCCUGGCGGGGUGCCUGAGCUACGUGCAGGAAGGGAGCACGGUGGCGACGCCGGACGCAUCGUGCUGCUCGGGGCUCAAGGACGUGGUGAAGAAGGAGGUGGCCUGCCUCUGCCAGGCCUUCCAGGGCAGCCAGGACUACGGCGUCACGCUCAACAUGACCAAGGCGCUGCAGCUCCCCGACGCCUGCAAGGUCAAGACGCCUCCCUUCAGCAAGUGCCACCUUUCCGUUCCGGGUGUGACUGGUGGGUCUCCAGCUCCUGCUCCAUCGUCCGGGGCUCCGUUCUUCGGGGAAUCGCCGUCGUCGUCCACACCUUCUGCGGCAUCACCAGCAGGAACAGGAAGCGACGCCACAGCUCGAGCUCCGUCCCCAUCGUCCUCCGCUCCAGCCACUUUCCAGUCUUCAGCAGAGGUCUUCCUAGCCGCGGCAACUGUUGCUGCGACUCUGCUCAUGCCGUAAGAUGGUCGCACUCUCGCCGUUCCUGACACGGCCGAGAAAUCAUUGAUGGCUUGAUGCUGCCUGUACCGAGAUGUAUCUUGCUUGAGAGUUACCAUUCGUUUCAUAAACGUUUAAACGGGUUUCGUUGAUGAACACAUAA